AUGGCAGAGGAUAUUGGCUCACGAGCCCCAUUUGGGGACCUCAAACGGCGAGACAUGCGACGCUCGUGGCGGACGCAUACUUCAACACCACAGUCUUGGAACCAUGAACUUGCUACAUUAUUCAUUUAUUACGAUGGGGCUCUGAGAAUCAGAGCAUCUCUAGAUAGCACAAGCCAAAACAUGUCAUGGGCAUCGUCAAUCGAACUCUCUACCAUGAUAGCUUCCAAGACGGCAGGAGCGACCAUCAAUAUACCGACUAUCUUCAGCAUGUUUAUUCACCAAGGUCCUGGUUCACAUAGACCAACACCAAUAGACGGGUCCACUGAGAACCCCAAGUUAGAUCCUCGGGCGGAGAUUCUCACUGACAUUAACAAUCCAUUUUGUCAGCCACAUAAACCAGUACCUGGAAACUCACAGGAUUUUGAGAUUAGCUUCAGCCAAGACGCUCAAACUGGCCAUCCUCCCCCUGGUCUCUAUCUAGCCAUCCAGGGUUCAGACAGCAUCCCCUACCAGGACACCUUUACUAGCUCAGAAGUCGACUCAAUUCACCAGCUGUGUCCGGAAAGCGGUACUGCUGUGGGAGCUUGGUUUCGUUUCCCGCCCCAACCUUCUUCCCCACAACCUGCUCAACCACCAUAUCAGCCACAACAGCCAGAAGACCCGAAUAUACAACCUGGUUGGACACAUAUCACCACACUUCCAGAGACAUCCAUACGUCCGUCGCUCACGCUACAUCUUGCCCCAAUUGUAGGAGAGUCUUCACCAGACGAAUGGGAUGAGAGGACUCUGGGUGAACAGGUUAGACAAUCACUUGAGAUGUAUCUUGCUAGAGCAGCGUAUGAGGCACUUCAACACAGUAAGGUCUCACAGAUUGCCCAAAAUGGCCAAUUGACAGAGAUUUCGAACCACGCACGAGUCUACCUGGCUGGUCGAUUUGGUAUCAAUGACCAGCCGCCGCGGGUGUCCAUAUCGGUUGAUCGACCAGUAAAUACUGCUGGCCCCUCUCACGAAGUAGAUGCACGAGUCAAUCUGGACGGCAACCCGAACAUCAGUGAACUCCAUUCUGUCCACCAGGGCGGCACAGACUACACCCUUGAGUUUAACAGGCCCGACACAGGUCGACUCGCCACUCUCAUCUGUGGUCGGAUUCAGGAUCAUGCACAACAAAAUGGCACUGGAGUGCGAGAGCUGGGAGUAUUGGAUUCUGGGACAUUGACACUGACUCUACAACCGCGUUGGGUACAUUCUACAGUGUUUCGUUUCUUUAAAGCAAUUUUUUAUUGGUAG